GACUGAAAGAGCAACAACAGCCACUUUGGAUAUUCUUCAUUUCAUUGCGGGAUGUAGCGUAAUACACUUUGUUUACGGAAGACUCAACUCAGGAAGGCUUGUUUAUUGCGCUUUCGUGUAUUUUUUUUUUUCCUCCUGAGUAAUUUCCUCUUGGAACUAAACCUGGAUACCAUUCCUUUGGGGUAAAGUUGAAGCUUUACAGAGAGAGAGAGAGAGAGAGCAAGGGGAGAAAGUUUACUUGCUUUUCCUCGGUUCAGUAUACAGUCCACAGAGUCGGGAAAUAUCCGUGAGAAAGUUUGAGAGCUUCCUGAAGUUAGCGCACAGUGGCGGCGGUGGUGUUGAUAACCUGGGAUGACUGCAGCCGUCUCCCGCGGAGCAGACAACACUCUCGCUCGGAUCCGCGCUAUGGCCAACAAAGAAACCCCCUCAACACUUGGACAAGUUAUUUUAUAACCAGUGGACGUAUUCAACACUUGUGAAUUUUUUUUCCGCUUUGGCGUGUUGGAGGAAAUGAGCACCACAUCAGGAUGGAAAGGGAAUUAUAAGCGAGUCGUGUGGCAAACAAAGAAGGACACCUCAGUCGGGCUGAGCGCCGCCGAGCCAAGCCAAAACCUUGCGAGAAAUGGAGGAGGAAGGUUCAUUUGAGCCAAAUGAGAUUAUCACAACAUGACAGAGGUUUCAUUUUUGUCUCUAACGGGGUCUAUUGAGUGUGUCUUACAGACCACCUUUUCAUAGCAUACCCUAUUGCCAGCCGCCCUGCUCUAUUUAUUAUUUAUACAUUCUUUUCUUUGCCAAUGCUGCAGUGGUUUUCCAGCCGUGUUUGAAAAUGAGGGUGGAUCUGUUGCAGUUGUUUGUGAUUUUACUGCUCGGCGGCGGCGGCUCGGCCGUAUCAUCUGAUUGCAAAUCAUAUGAUGAACGCUCAAAAAGCGCUGGGAAAAGCCUGCCGUCGGACAGGAAAGUGGUUUGCAGCAACAUGGAGCUCCAUCAGGUGUUACCCCCAGACUCCUUCCCCAACAGAACAGUCACUUUAAUCCUAAGCAACAAUAAAAUCCAAGAACUCAAAAAUGGAUCCUUCAUUGGAUUGUCUACAUUGGAAAGACUGGACCUGCGGAGUAACAUGAUCAGUCGCAUUGAGCCGGGAGCGUUCCUUGGGCUGCCAGCGCUCAAAAGACUAGACUUAUCUAACAACCGCAUCGGCUGCCUCAAUGUGGACAUCUUCAAGGGCCUCACCAGUCUGGUCAAACUAAACCUUUCAGGGAAUAUGUUCUCCUCGUUGUCUCAGGGGACCUUUGACAGCUUGGUAUCUCUGAAGGCACUCGACUUUCAGACACCGUACCUGCUGUGCGACUGCAACCUCCUGUGGCUGCUCCGCUGGAUCAAAGACAGAAACAUCGCGGUGAAGGACACCAUGUGCUCCUACCCUCGAUCUCUCCAGGGCCAGCUCAUCACCUCCAUAAAACCUGAGCUCCUCACCUGCGACGCGCCCCUCGAACUGCCCUCCUUUCAGCUGACGCCAUCCCAGCGACAAGUUGUCUUCCAAGGGGACAGUUUGCCUUUCCAGUGUCAGGCCUCCUUCGUAGCCGAGGACAUGCAGGUGCUGUGGUACCAAGACGGCCGCAUGGUGGAGCCUGACGCUGCUCAAGGCAUCUUCAUCGAGAAGAGCAUGGUGCAGAACUGCUCCCUCAUUGCUAGUGCGUUGACCAUCUCCAACAUCCAGCCUGGUUCUACGGGGAACUGGGAGUGUCGGGUUAGGACGAGCAGGGGUAAUACCACCAGGACUGUCCACAUUGUGGUGCUGGAGAGCUCCGCCAAGUACUGCGGUCCUGAGCGUGUCUCCAACAACAAGGGAGAAUUCAGGUGGCCACGCACCCUGGCAGGGAUCACUGCCUACCUGCCCUGCAACAGACUGUCAUCGGGCGCGGGCAUCUACUCGGGCAGCUCUGGCGAGGAGCAGCGGGCUUGGCGGCGCUGUGACCGUGGGGGGCUGUGGGCAGAGGAGGACUACUCCCGCUGCCAGUACCAGAAGGACGUCACCAGAUUCCUCUAUGUUAUCAACCAGAUGCCUCUGAAUGUGACCAAUGUGGUGACGAGGGCCCGGCGGCUGCUGGUCUGCACAGUUGAUGCCGCCAACUUCUCAGACAAGAUGGACAUAAUCUUUGUGGCUGAAAUGAUCGAGAAGUUUAGCAAGUUUUCCGAGAAGUUUAAAGAUCUGGGUGAGGUAAUGGUGAGCAUGGCAAGUAACCUAAUGCUGGCUGAUGAGAGGGUGCUGUGGAUGGCCCAGCGUGAGGCGAUGGCCUGCUCCCGCAUCGUCGCCUGCCUCCAGAAGAUCGCUGCCCACCGCCUGGUCACGGCUCAGGCCUUCUCCCUGACAUCCCCCAACAUAGCGCUGGAGGCCCAUGCUGUCAGAGCCAGCGACUGGAACGGUAUGACCUGCAUGUUGUUUCAGAGGCCCAGCCCGGAGCGCACGCCGGGCCAGGACCGGCAGCUCACCUUCAAAUGCAACACCACCAGCACCUUCUCCAGCAUACUGCACAAGAGCACCGUGGUGGAGGCGUCACUGCAGCUUCCUCAGUCUCUCUUCUCCCAGUCUGUACUCCCCGGGCAGACAGAUGACACGGUCUACAAGCUCCACCUGCUGGCCUUCCGCAACGGCAAGUUCUUCCCCUCCACUGGCAACUCCUCCCAACUGGCUGAUGGAGGGAAGAGGAGGAGUGUGGCCACGCCUGUCAUCAUGGCCAAGAUAGACGGCAUGGCUCUUCGAGGCCUGCGGACCCCCGUCAACGUCACCCUGCGCCGCUUCGCUCGCGGCUCAGACGCCGUGUCCGCCUGCUGGAACUUCAGCCUGGUCGGCGGCCAGGGAGGGUGGCAGAGCGACGGGUGCCGCAUCCUGGCCCACCACGACAACUUCACCACAAUAUCCUGCGAUUCGCUCGGCAACUAUGGCCUGCUCAUGGAUCUAAGCAGCGUGGAGUACUUCUCACCCAGCAUCCAGCCCCUCCACCCGGUUAUCUAUGCCACUGCCAUCAUACUCCUCCUCUGCCUGCUCACUAUCAUCAUCAGUUACAUCUACCAUCACAGGUCCGUCCGUGUAAGCCGCAAGUGUUGGCACAUGUUGGUCAACCUCUGCCUGCACAUCUUCCUCACCUGCGGCGUGUUUGUGGGUGGCAUCAAUCAGACGCGCUACGCCAGCGUCUGCCAAGCAGUGGGAAUCUUGCUGCAUUAUUCCACUCUUGCCACAGCUCUGUGGGUGGGCGUGACCGCACGCAACAUAUACAAGCAGGUGACACGCAAGGCCAAGCGCUAUGAGGAGCUGGACGAGCCGCCGCCCCCACCACGGCCCAUGCUCAGGUUCUACUUGAUCGGUGGAGGAAUUCCCAUCAUUGUCUGCGGCAUCACUGCGGCAGCUAACAUCAAGAACUACGGCAGCCAGACCAAUGCGCCAUAUUGCUGGAUGGCAUGGGAGCCGAGCAUUGGGGCUUUCUACGGCCCAGUGGGGUUCAUCAUCUUCGUGGACUGCAUGUACUUUCUCAGCAUCCUGCUCCAGCUUCACCGCCACCCUGAGCGCCGCUAUGAGCUGAAGGAGCCUAGUGAGGAGCAGCAGCGUUUGGCAUCGGGCAGCAGCGAGGCCGGUGCAGACGGCCCGGGCAGCCACCUCCACUCCCUCACCCUGCAACUGCAGCCUCACGAGGCCUCCUCCUCCACCGUCUCCGCCCCCCACGCCGUGCCCCUUUCGGCCCUGGAGAAUGAGCACACCUUCGCCGCCCAGCUCAUGGGUGCUGCAGGGGCAUUAGGGCUGUACGCGGCCCUGUGGGUGUUCGGUGCCAUGGCGGUGUCACAGGACCACCCUUUUGACUUGGCCUUCACCUGCCUCUUUGGAGUGGCUGCACUGGCACUGGGAGCAUUUAUGGUGGCGCAUCACUGUGUCAACAGGCAGGACAUGAAACGCUACUGGACCCAGGCUUGUUGCUCAGGGAGGCGCGCCUACUCUGCGCAGGAGGACGUGCUUUUGCCCCAACCAGGGGUGUCGACAGCAUCCACAGCAGGAUCCAUUGGCAGGGGAAACGGGGAGGUGUCAAAGUGUGGCCACAGCAGCGCCGAGUCCUCCUGCACCAACAAGAGUGGCCCUAGCAUGCGCACCUCUCCCCAGGGUAGCAAACUGACCAAUCUUCACGCAGAGGCUGCCCAGUGUAAAUCCAUCCCGCUCCCAGUGCUGGCCAACGGCGCGGCUGUUUUGGACAACAGCCUGACUGAACAUUCGCUAGACAAUGAAAUUAAAAUGCACGUGGCACCAGUUGAGGUGCAGUUCCGCCCCAUGAACAAUAACAACCAUCCCACCUCUGCCACUAAUGGACACGCGGGCAGGCACCACAAAAAUAGGGCACGGGCCCACAGGGCGAGUCGCUUGACCGUGUUGCGAGAAUACGCCUACGACGUGCCUACCAGCGUGGAGGGCAGCGUGCACAACGCCCCCCACAGGCGGCACCACCAUCAUCAUGAUUUAGCGGCGCGCAAUAGCCGGCGGGCGGCCUACAUGGCGUACAGGGAGCGGCACCAGAGUCAGCUGCAGCAGGACAGCAGCGACAGCACUAGCCUACCUCGGCGCUCUCGCUACACAGAUAAGGGAGGGGGCAGCACCCUGAGUAACGGGGCAGCGGGCGGAGGAGGAGGAGCAGUGGGAGGAGCGGUAACAGUAGAGACUGAGCAUGUGACUUCUGCUGCAGUGUCUAGCUCAAGUAAAGACAGUAGUGCAGGGAACCAACCCAGCAACACAGAGCUAGAGAACCAACCCAAGUCAUACGGACUCAACCUCAUCACUCAGAAUGGCACGCUCAAAGACAGCGGGCACUCCAUACCUUUAAAUAACACAGAGAGUACUGCCAGCAUAAAGACUGGCUUAUGGAAACAUGAAACUACUGUGUAGCGACAGUUUCCGUGCCAAAGACUGCAUUGCAAUAUGCUCUUUCCUCCUCAACUGUGAAAUGUUUUUUUUUUUUUUUCUGAUUGUGUUGUUUUUUUCCCUAUUUUUAGAUUGCACAUUUUUCUUUGAAAAAAAGAGUUCUUUGAAAAUAAUUAUUGGACAAAAUAGCCACAUUAUUGAGUAUGCCACUCAGCUGUCCCUGUAGAUAUAUUUUUGUAAAUGGUCUAUUUUUGUAACCUUUAAUCCAAACCUCCUUACUGCAUUCAGAGUUUUGUACAUUGUCUGUGCUAUGGCCCUGUGCAUACCCUUUGGGGCUUUUUUCCCCCCAUUUUCUAGUUUGUUCUAACAUAAUAAACCAAAAGUUACAUUCACCUAA